UUGCAUCCAGAAGCAAUCGUCCGAAGCAUUAUCCAAUAUACAAUGAAACUUUUCAUCGUGCUCGCGUUGAUCGCUGUAGCCGCAGCACAAGAGGCUACAUACAACAACCGAUAUGAUAACAUCGACGUGGAAGAAAUCCUGAAGUCGGAUCGUCUCUUCAAGAACUAUUUCAACUGCCUGAUGGACGCCGGUCCAUGCACUCCGGAAGGAACCGAUCUAAAAAAGUAUCUACCAGACGCCCUGGAAACGGGAUGCACCAAGUGUACCGAGAAGCAGCGCGAUACCGGAAACAAGGUGAUCGCUUGGUUGAUCGAGAACCGCUCGAUGGAGUGGACCAUGCUGAAGGCCAAGUACGACCCGGAGAACAAGCUGACCGAACGCUAUCGGGAACUGGCUGCCAAGGCUGGAAUCACACUGUAAAUCAUUAUAUGUAUUUUAGUU